ACCCUGGCAGCAGCUGCAAACAGCUGAUCAAUUAUUUGUGUUUUUCUCAUAAAAAUAAUUCAUUUGUUAUAUGCAGAAAAUUGCAGAAGGGAAAUUGAAAUAUCCGCGACCAUGAGCGAGGCGGAGAAACAGGCCGUGUCCUUUGCCUGCCAGCGCUGUCUUCAGCCCAUAGUGCUGGACGAGCAGCUGGAGAAGAUUAGCGUCCAUGCCAUGGCGGAACUGUCGUUGCCCAUCUACAGGGACAAUGGCAACACCCUGGACACACAGGGUGCCAGCAGCUUUGACCACUUUGUGCCGCCGUACAGGCUGACGGACUCCAUCAAUGGAACUGGCUUCAUGCUGGUCUCGGAUGGCCGCGACAACAAGAAGAUGAGUGCUGCCUUCAAUCUGAAGGCAGAGCUGUUCGACUGCUUGUCCUCCAACUCGGAGAUUGACCAUCCGCUGUGCGAGGAGUGCGCGGACUCCAUGCUGGAGAUUAUGGAUCGGGAGCUGCGCAUCGCCGAGGACGAGUGGGAUGUGUACAAAACGUAUCUGGAUGAGCUGGAGCAGCAACGGCAGGCACCCAAUGUGGAUGCCCUCGACAAGGAGUUGGACGAACUGAAGAAGAGUGAACAGCAGCUGCUGUCGGAGCUCGGCAAGCUCAAAGAGGAGGAACAGUCCCUGAACGAUGCGAUAGCGCAAGAGGAACUGGAGAAGGAGAAGCUGCACGACCAGGAGGAGAGCUACUGGCGCGAGUACACCAAACACAGGCGUGAGCUGAUGCUCACCGAGGACGACAAACGGAGCCUGGAGAGCCAGAUCAGCUACUCGAAGCAGCAGCUGGACAAGCUGCGCGACACAAACAUCUUCAACAUCACCUUCCACAUCUGGCACGCGGGCCACUUUGGCACCAUCAAUAACUUUCGCUUGGGUCGCCUGCCCUCCGUCUCCGUCGACUGGUCGGAGAUAAAUGCCGCCUGGGGGCAGACAGUGCUGCUCCUCUCCGCUCUGGCGCGCAAGAUUGGCCUCACCUUUGAGCGAUAUCGUGUGGUGCCGUUCGGCAAUCACUCGUAUGUGGAGGUGCUGGGCGAGAACCGCGAACUGCCGCUCUACGGCAGCGGGGGAUUCAAGUUCUUUUGGGACACCAAAUUCGAUGCUGCCAUGGUGGCCUUCCUAGACUGCCUUACCCAGUUCCAAAAGGAGGUGGAGAAGCGCGACACUGAAUUCCUGCUGCCCUACAAAAUGGAAAAGGGCAAAAUCAUUGACCCAUCCACGGGGAACUCCUACUCCAUAAAGAUACAGUUCAACUCGGAGGAACAGUGGACGAAGGCCCUAAAGUUCAUGCUUACGAAUCUGAAGUGGGGUCUCGCCUGGGUCUCCUCGCAAUUCGUGUCGCAGUGAUGUCUUUCGUAUGUGUCCCUCAAUCAUCGUUUAUUUAUGCUCUUAUUCCUCCUAGUGCUUAAUAUUAAAACUAAAUCUUUCAACUUUUAA